AUGAUAAAUCCCUUGGGCGGCACAACUCCUAUUGCAGAUUACAAGACGGAGCUGAACCAGUUUCUGCAGAGACAUUGUAAAAAACCUUUGACCAAGUCUGACAUUGUGUACACCUGCAGCAAAUUUGACGCUCAAUGCCAAGCCAUUGUCAAGUUGAAUUGUCUAGACGGCCAAGAGUACGCCGGCCACCUGUGCUAUGAUCAAAAGAGCGCAGAGAAGUCGGCCGCGGAGCAGGCUUUGCAGGCCAACAUCUUGUUGGUGCAAGCGACCAAGGCUGCAGCGGGCGCGCCAAAGAGAGCAAACCCCAGCGCCGAGGACCCAGCGGCCAAAAAGGCCCGGCUGGAGAAUGCCGCGAACCCUGCUGACAACGCGAAGACCGAGCUGAACUCCAUGAUUGGAAAGAUCGCCAAGAAGGUCCUGCUGAAGGGAGAGACCGUCUACGUUGCGAACAAGAUUGGAGCGGAAUUCCAGGCCACUGUCCAGAGCUCGGCCUUGCCCGGCGAGUGGGCGGAGCGCGCCUGGGCUGGGGAGCUGGCACCCACCAAGCAGAAGGCCGAGCAGAGUGCUGCAGCGCAAGCGCUGCAGGAUAUCAAGGCCGACGAGGAGUUGAUGGCAGAGGCCAACAAGUCCAACCCCAAGAGCAAAGGCAGUGGGGGCGGCGGAUGGGGCAGCAGCAAAAAGGCUGACUGGGCCAAGAUGAUGGCAAUGAUGAAGGAGUUCAUGAAAAGUGGCGGCAAGGCCCUGCGGGAGCCAGUUGGCGAGGACUUUGUCACUGGCGAAUGCGUGGAGUGGAAGGGCAAGUUUGGCUGGAUCAAGCCUGACAUCCCGGUGGAGCAUGAUGCCGCUAAGUGGCGAGAUGGCAAAGUCUGGGUCUCCAUGAAGGACUUGAUAGGCGUGGAGGAGCUGGCAGAGGGCCAAAGGGUGCUAUUCAAGAUUUAUGCUCCUGAGCUUGCAUUGGCCAAAGGUCAGCAGACAAGCUCUUGGUAUGGGGCGCCGCAGCUUCUUGUGCAGGAGUGCUGCGAUCCCUCAGGUUCUGCGGCCAAGUUCUUCCAGAGGCCGCCGAGUGGCCCCGAGGUGGAGUCCGUCGAGCUCCAGUGGCUGGCCGCUUUUGUGGAUCACUGCAAAGCCAAAGGUCUAGACAGUCCCAUCCUGCAGCAGCUCUUGCUGUCGGUGCUCUGCGAACAUGCCGAAGCUGACCCCCAUGGUCCAGCAGUGCAGGGCCUCCUUGACGAGUCAGCGAGGCUGCCUCAGGAACUGGCCUCCAGAAUUUGUGAAGCAGCGAAGGGGAGCGAGUCCAGUGAAUCGCCUGCGCCGUGCUUCCUGUUGCCUCGGCUCAGUGGCGCUUUGGUCACCUUGACAGCGCUCGACUCGCACGAGCUGGCACAGGACUUGGGGCCCGACGGUCUCCUAGAUGUGGCCAAGUCAGCAACAGUGGCCAGCAGCUGGACAGCCACCUUGGAGACAUCAAGGCCAGGCAUUCGACAAGAACUGUGCGAGCAGGAGAAAGACCAAGUCAUUCAGAAUCUCUCGGCGGUUUGGAAGGCCCUGGGCAAGGCCAGCGCCACUGGUGUGUUGCGGCCAUCCUGGGAGCGGCGCUUGCUGCGAUCGAAACUUGAAGAGCUCAAGGACCGCUUGCCCAAACCCAUGCGGGCCUCCGUGCGGGAUGCGCUUGUCUCCUGGGGAGGCGCCACGAAGUCCAGUUCCGGGGUAGGGCGGCUUCUCGAAUACAUCUCCUGGGGUGCCCUCGGAUUCUUGCUGCUGGCCAUCUCCAGUGAAGACGGCGUUGGCAUUCUCAGGUUUCACGUGGUGCCAGAUGCUUGGCAGCCCCUGAUCAAGGAGACAUGCUGCAGCAGCGAGCUUUGCGUGUGGAGGAACUCCUCGCCAAGUAUGACGCACCCCAGGCUGCCCCUCCUGUUGAGUGGGAUGCGUCUGCUGACUUUCUAA